AGAAAAGGCAGUUUAUUCUGUUUCACUUCCAUUAAGCAACUACAACACACUUUCCGUGAGGCUGUCUCCCACCUUUAUCUCUUUUAUUUCUUUCUUAGUUUUGUGGAAUUCUUACUUUUGUGGAUAUUCCAAGAUACAAUUGAACCCCGUCGCUGGAACUCACACAUGAGCCUGAAAGCCUGUCAAAACCAGUUUGGACAAAAAAUUGAGAGGUAUAACCCUGAUAUAUAUUUGUGGCCAAGCAGGUUUUUCUCAUUUGUCAAAGGAUAAGAGGAAGUCGUUGGGUAAGACGGGAGGAACACAAGACAGUCCUGAGACUACAGUGACAAUGGAAGACAAGACGGGAGGAACACAAGAAAGUCCUGAGACCUCAGUGACAAUGGAGGGCAAGACUGAAGGAACACAAAGACCUGCUCAGCCCACGUGGAUAAAAAUCUCUUCUGAAACACAAAGUGCCAAAGUUUUUAUCAAGAAAGCGUCUGAAUCUUUACCUUCUGUGAACGACGCAUCAAAACCCAUGAGAAGUGAAAGGAAGCCGAGAAACAUCUGUGGGAAGCCUUCAUCUCCUGAACAUCACAGAGCCAGAGCCUCCACAUCUGCAACGAUUAACAUGCAUUGGGUUUUGGAGCUAGUGUCAGGAAAUGAGCACUUAUUUACACCAGAUGUGGUGGAAACAAGUAAUAAGACAGAAUACAGGUUCCAGGUGAAACAUCCUGGAAGGUUCUUCUGCCGCGUCACAGGCUUGGGGUUUGUGGUGGAAUCGGGCGGGGAGGUGACCUACAGCUUCUGCUCCUGGGAAAAAGCCCCCCAGACCCCCAGCAGCUGGAGUCCAGCUGGGCCCAUUUUCGACAUCGAGUGUCCCCAAGGGACCCUGAAGGAGCUGCACCUCCCUCACUGCGAGAUGACGUUUGCAGAUGAAAACCUGGCUGUAGCACAUGUAACCGAAGACAAUGUGGAGAUUCUGCAGCCACUGGAGGUGACAGACACACAUGUGGUCAUCAGUCUCACCAGCCUCUCUAUUUUUGGUGUCCUAAAGAGGAAAAUAUUUCCCAAGGUCCGAGGGCAAGUGCUACUACUGCUCCGGCCUGGAGAUAAAAUCUUGAAUGUAUUCUUGCUGCCCCUGAAUGUGCCUCCUGACCAGGUGCACCAGCAGAUGCAGCAGAGACAAAACCUCUUCAUUCCUACCAGCUCCAUGUGCACGCUCAUUCAUAAAGAGCUAUACAGGAUGUCCAGUGACCACGAGGCAAUACGGAGGAUCCAGCCAGAGAAUGAAGAGUUUGAAUACAGUUUUGACCAAACAAUCCACCCAACUUUUGAGGUAUUUCUGAACCGUGACGUGGUGGAAGUGGAUCUGAGUGUCUUGCAAGACAGGAGCGGUAAAGACGUGUGGCGGCGCUUCAUCGAUCUCACAGGUCACGGCUGCAAUCAAGUCUCCAACCCUCCAUUAGUGGCCUGCUGCCCACCAGCUCAUGACCUCCUUCAUGAGCACUCAGACAAAAAUCUUAAACUAGGUGCGGCUUUUGUAGACCAACACAAGCAAGCCAUCAUCCAGAAAGUGACACUGAUUAAACCCAUUCUGGAUGAAAUCCCCAUCUCAGAGGAGAAGUAUAAUUACAUCUGUGCUGCCAGUACCAGCCAGGACAGGAUGAGGAGGCUGUAUGAGGUCUUGAACAGCGAUACGCUGAAAAUGCUUUUUUUUGCCUCCCUGAAGAAGAAGGAACCACAUCUUGUCUCAGAAUUGAAAAGCUCUUAAUUGGACCAGUAUGCAAAACUCCAUUCCCCAUUCCAGUUCUCCCAGCUUACAGGGUGUUCCUCAGGCAGUGCCCUGUGAAACUGGUUCAUACAUUCUGCCAGAUUGUACCUCAACCUGCUAAAAGCCCUGUCAGUCCACACAGACGUCUCAUCACAUCCUUUUAUCCUUCAAAAUAUAUUUCCAUCAGAGUAACAAUGCUUACUGUAUGCUUCCUUAAUUAAUGUUAUCUUAACUAGAACUCCAUCAUCACAUUAAUAUUCGAAGAGGACAAAGACCCAAAAUGUCAAUACAAUGAGAGAUUCUUAAUCUUAAUCAGACUAUUGUUGAGUAUAUGGCUGCUUUGGAAGGAUGGUCUGAAUUAAAAUAAAACCGUGUACACAUUCUCA